GGAGCCUAUACAGCUGCACGAGCGCACCAGAACAGAACAUAAACACACAGGAACCAAGCACACGCAGAGGAACGGGACUCAAAAGGGAAUUUCUUUUUCGUUUCUUUUUUAUUCUUGCGGUUUUUUUUAUCGAGAAGUCAUUUUUGUAUGGUACUCUUUAAUUAAGGUGACACGUGAGUCUAUGCAUUGUUAUAUUUCCUACAAGGGAUUUGUGUAUAAAUUGUAGACGGUGACUAUUCGAAGGAAGUGUUGACAGUUGUUUUCGAUUUAGAGACCUAUAUUUUAUUGGGGUAAAUUAGACCUGUCCAGAGUAAAUUACACCAUCAGAGUUUGAACAGUGUUUGAAUGUUUGGAUAGACCUACUUGCACAAAAUGUUCUCGCGUGGCAGCGUAGUGUUACCACCACCAUACGCUGGACUGCCGUUGACCACGAAAUAAUUUAGACCUCUCCAACUCUUCAAUAAGAGUAGGUUAGAGAGAGGCGUUUAAAGCAAGGGGUUGUUUUUUUUAAAAAAACAUGUCUCAUGCUGAAGUAGAAUUCGCUGGCCGUGGAUUCUCAGCACUACCUGUUGAUUUGGACGAGGACUUCACUGCACGAGUGCCAAUGUUACGCACGCACUCACUGAGCGCGAGACGGAACUCGUAUGUGCUUCACAAAAUCAGCGUUGACAUUGAGCCUCAAAUUUAUAACGGAGCCCUUUCCAAAGCCCUGUCCUGGUCGGCCGAGAACAUUCUCUCGGAGAGACGCUCGCACGAGAGAAAGAUAGACAUCCCACUGUUGUCUCCAUCUCCCGUCUCGAGUCCAGACGGGAGUACCGUGACCCCCGCGUCUGAACCGGACAACUGGGAGGAGGUCUCGCCAACAUCGCUGACACAGACACAGACACAGGGACCCAUCUCAGACUCCGAGAAUGAAGCGGUCAAAAGCCCACCAGUCUCCCGCCGUGUGUCGGAGAGCAAGCGGGAGCUGGAUGAGCGAGAGGACGUGGAGACGAGAGCUGUGGCAACCUCGCCCGAUGGACGCUACCUGAAAUUUAACAUCGAAAUCGGGAGAGGGUCCUUCAAGACCGUCUACAAGGGGCUGGACACGGACACUACUGUGGAGGUGGCGUGGUGUGAACUGCAGACACGUAAGCUGACCAAAGCGGAGCGUCAGCGCUUCAGCGAGGAGGUGGAGAUGCUGAAGGGGCUGCAGCAUCCCAACAUCGUGCGUUUCCAUGACUCCUGGAAGGACUCCCUCAAGGGCAACAAGUGCAUCGUCCUCGUCACCGAGCUCAUGACCUCCGGGACCCUCAAGACGUACCUGAAGCGCUUCAAGGAGAUGAAGCUGAAGCUGCUGCAGCGCUGGAGUCGCCAGAUCCUGAAGGGGCUGCACUUCCUGCACACGCGCACGCCGCCCAUCAUCCACCGAGACCUCAAGUGCGACAACAUCUUCAUCACCGGGCCCACGGGCUCCGUCAAGAUCGGAGAUCUGGGGCUCGCCACCCUCAAAAGCGCAUCGUUCGCCAAGAGCGUUAUAGGUACUCCUGAGUUCAUGGCUCCAGAGAUGUAUGAGGAGAAGUAUGAUGAGGCGGUGGACGUCUACGCGUUCGGCAUGUGCAUCUUGGAGAUGGCCACCUCAGAGUACCCUUACUCUGAAUGCCAGAACGCAGCACAGAUCUACCGCAAAGUCACCAGCGGCAUGAAGCCGGACAGCUUCUUCAAAGUAAAAGUCCCCGAGCUGAAGGAGAUCAUCGAGGGAUGCAUACGCAAUAACAAGGAUGAGAGGUACACCAUCCAGGACCUGCUGGAGCAUACCUUCUUCCAGGAGGAUAACGGGGUGCAUGUGGAGCUGGCGGAGGAGGACGACAUGCAGAAGUCUGGCCUGAAGCUCUGGCUGCGCAUGGACGACACCAAGAAGCUGCACGGCAAAUACAAGGACAACAACGCCAUCGAGUUCCUCUUCGAACUCUACAAGGACGUGCCCGAAGAGGUCGCACAGGAGAUGGUGGUGCUGGGCUUCGUGUGUGAGGCUGACUUCAAGCUGGUGGCGAAGGCCAUGCGAGACCGCGUGACAGCCAUCAAGAGGCAACGAGAACGCCAACGCCGAUUGGCCGAGGAGGAGCAGCGCCGUCGCCUCGCCGACACCAUAGAGGAGGAGCCAGAGCCCUUUUCGCCUCCCCCCAUUGGUCAGCCACCCGCUCAAAGCCUGCCUCCAGAGCCCUUUUCGCCCCCUCCCAUUGGCCAGCCGCCUGUGCAAAGCCCGCCUCCAGAGCCCUUUUCCCCACAGCCUAUUGGCCAGCAGCCCCCUGUGCAAAGCCCGCCUCCGGAGACCUUUUUGUCCAAUGGUGUCGGACAUCAGCCUGUGCAGAACCCGCCUCCCAUGUCCCCCCAAACCCCGCCCACCCCUCCUCCAACCACGCCUCCCACGCCCAUGUCACCUGACCAAAACCCGCCGGGUUUGAUUGGCGGAUCGUCAUUAGACCCCGCCCCCCUGAUGAUGUCGAGCCUAUCGGUGGAGUCGAGCGUGUCUGUGGAAUCUGUGGGUGUGGGCGUCGCCAUGGUGGAGGGAUGUCAGGAUUCCGGAAUGCACGGAGGAGGAGGGGGGCUCCUAUUGGAGGCAGAGGAGCCGGAGGCGGAUCAGCACUUUCACAUCAGACACGUCAGCUGCUCAUCUGCCAACUCUGACUGCGAGACUGACGGCUACCUGAGUCCCUCCGGCUUCCAGGACUCAUCGGAGGUCUCCAACACCAGCCGCAGCGGCGGCGGCCCCGUCAGCAGCCUCCCCGCGGGCCCCCACUCCCCCCAGAUCCUCCUGCCCCCCCCUGCCGAGCCCAUGUCCAUCCCCGGCCACGCACACAGCCAGCUCUUCCCCUCGAGUAUCGCAGUGUCUCCUAACCCAGACCACACCCUCUCCAGCCUCACCAGUGGAUUCAACUCACCGGGGGACAGCUAUGCCUCCGACGUGACGUCUGGUUUGAGUGACGGCUACGAGGGCCAAUCGGAAAAGGCCAGCAGGCCGGCCGCCAGGAAGACUGCAGUGAAGCUGUUCAGGAGACGGGCCAAGUCCCGCCUCCGCAUCACAGGGCUUUCUGAUAAGGUGGACCGUGUGGUGGAGUGCCAGUUGCAGACGCACAAUGACAAGAUGGUGACCUUCAAGUUCGACCUUGAUGGGGACAACCCAGAGGACAUUGCAACCGUCAUGGUGCAUAGUGAGUUCAUCCUCCCGUCAGAGAAGGAGGGGUUUAUCCACCGCAUGUGUGACAUCAUCAAGAGGGCGGAGUCACUGAUGGAGCAAGACCCUGCCGAUUACCAUGGAAACCAUGCCACGACAAUCCCACCCCUCUCCACCUCACAGCCAAAUCUGCACAGUCACACACUGGCAAGGACACACUCCUCCUCCUCUCUACCAGCUGACUUCGGCACAGCUGGCUCGGCGGUUGGCGGGUCCCCCUCGAGUACCCCUGAUGCCACCAACCCCACCCCAGUCAGACCCCUUCUACGCUCUCAAUCCUUUCACACCAGCACAGGCCUCCACCAGCACCACCAGCCUGCCUCGCUCUUCUCCCCGGACCCCCUGAUGCCUCUCUCCAAGCUGGCCCACCUGCAGCACUACCACAUGACCGGCCUGCUGGGCAACACCCACUUCCCCUUCCCUUACCCAAUCGGCUCGCAGCAUUCGGCCAAGACCCCGCCCCUUCCCUCUACAGUGGCGCCGGCCCCGGCUUCGGCUCCGCCCAUGCGCCCGUGCCCGCUGUCUCUCUCGCUACCCGCCAGCGGUGGCGUUGGCGUUGGCGGAGUUGUGAUCGACUCCGGACCCCUGUACCCCCCCCCCACCCCCCACCCCCAGGUUGGCAUGGCGACCAUGUGGCCCCCCCCCCACGCACACGCACACACACACCACACCCACCACACCCAGUCUCUCUUCUCGUUGGCCAACGUGAUCUCCAUGGCGAUGAGCAUGGCGCAUUCCUUCCUGCCCGCUGGUUCUGCCGCGCUGCACGCUGCCGCCUCCUCCCCGCUCAUGCAGGCCAUGCCCGCGCUCUCCGCCUUCCACCACGCGCCCCAGCCCCCCCUGGGGCCCCCCCCCCCCCACACCCACCCCCUCCCCCUCCCCCAGCUGGGGAGCUACCCACCCCUCUACCCCCACACGCACCCGCACUACCCCCAGAGCAUGGCAGGUGGCGCUGUCGGUGGCGCCACAGACGCCUCCUCCUCGGGGUACACGCCAGAGUAUGAUCACCACCACCACCACCACCACCACCACCAUCACCAGCUCCAUCACGGCGGCCAUUUUGUUGGGUACGGGUCGUUGUCGAGGGAGCACAGUCCGACCCCCCCUCCCCAUCAGCCCCCGUCCGUGUCUACGCCUCCUCCUGGAGUACACACCUCCUCGUCCGCUCCCAUCUACCCGCUACAGGGGGCGUCUCGCUCCCACUGCCCCUCUCCCUCUCCCUCCCCCUCCCAGACGCCCUCCCCCCUCCNUCUGGAACCCCACCAACCCCACCACCACCACCUCCACCACCUCCAUGGGCAAGCGUACUCGUUACCCGGGCAACCUCGGAGCCAAUCGGAUGGCAGCUCUUCUCCGCUGGAUCUGCUGUCGCCGACUAGGACCAGUCCAGAGAGCACGAUGUCCUCAUCUAGCCUGCGAUCGCUCUCACCCCUGGCGACCAGCAAAGAGCUGUGUGGCCCGCCCUCCGAGAGACAGGCCUUCCUGGACAAUGACGAACCAAAGCCAACGGUGACAGUGGGCCGCUUCCAAGUCUCCCCCAGCAAGGCAGCACCAGUGACAAUAAGCCACACCCCCACCCCAACCGCCUGUCCAAUCACAUCUGCUGCUGUUGACCAAACCCUGCCUACUACCCCAACUGCCUAUCCAAUGACGUCUGCUGUUGUUGACCAAACCCCGCCCACCCCAACGAAUGACCCCACCACCCCACAACAGGUGUCCCCCGUCCACCUCCACCAGGAGUACCAGGGGAAUCGUGACGAGGGAGCGAUGGUGACAAACCCUACCCAGGAUGGGCACCUUCUGCCUGGGAACAGCGCUAGGCAGGCCGGCCCCUCCUCCACCUCUCUUCCUCCAGAGACAAGUCUCCUCUCCAUUGACACCAAAGACGAUGAGGAUGACGAUGGUGAUGAGGACGACGACGAUGAUGAUAAUGAAGAAGAAGACCGAGAUGAAGAUGAGGAAGAUGAGGAGAGGGAAGAGCUGGAGCACCGGCGGAGAAGGAAGCGAGGCCGCCGCCUGGACAUGGGCCUGGGUCUGCUGGGCACCUCCGUGGAUAGCGGCUUCUCCGUCAGUAACCUGCCCGACAGCGAGGGAUACCUGUGGGAGGAGGCAGGCGGAGCCGGAGGGAGGGCUGGGGCGGCAAGCCCCCACUACGCUGCAGAGCUUGUGGCUGGGGGUCCCCUGCACCACCUGUGGAUGAGCUACAUGCGGAGCUCCUCCUACCUGAGCAGCGACGAAUCAGAGAGCGAGGUGGAGGAGGUGUGGGAGGAGCUUCAGGAACUGAGAGAGAGGCACAUGGGCGAGGUGCAGUCCCUCCAGUCAGCCCAGAAGCGUGAGAUCGAGGAGCUGUAUGAGCGUAUGGGUAAGGUGCCCCCGCCGGGCAUCGUCUCCCCCGCCGCCAUGCUCAACAGCCGCCCCCACCAGUGGAGGCUCUCCAAGCAGAGCACCGCCCCCUCCUCCGCCACCUCCGCCAUCGCCUACCCACCCCCCUCCUCGCGCAGAGACAGCCUGCAGAGACUAGACAUGCUGCCACUACCAGGUGUGGUGAGGAAGAGCUCCAUGAGCGCUAACAGCAGCAGCAGCAGCAGCACCAGUUCCAGCAGCACCAGCCGCAGCUCCUCCGUGGAGCGGCCCAGCAAAGCCGUCGCCUUCGCCGUCACCACCCCCGACUUCACACGCAUGUGAGAGCAGCUGCCUGAUGUGAUGCACUCUUAACCUGAAGCGACUACCUCAUCCAGAGCAUCCCGUCCCGCCCACCUCCUCCCAUGAGCCUUUGCAGUCAACGCUGGAGGGAGGGAGGAAGGAAGGAGGAAGUGAUGUCACACAUACAGUACAUAUACAGUACAUAACGAGGAAAUGGUAUCCAUGGUGAUGGCUGUGUUUUUGUUUUGAUUUGAUUAUUGACAUGUCGUCCUCUGACUGACUGACUGACUGGCUUGGCUGUCAUUCUCACUGCUGCACACAUGAGGGAAGGUCACGACCUUUUACGUCACAACAUUUACCUGACCUUUUAAACCCUCAAGUCUGGAAUCCCUCCAGUCUGACGUCCGUCCCCACCAAACGACCCACACGACGCUUGGUGGAGCCAACCAGGGUAGAGGAGCCUGCUGGAGUUCAAAGGUCAUGAGGAGGAAUGGCCCCAGUGAACUUAGAGACAUUGCGUUGGUUUCAACAUUUUUGCCCUCUAUGUAGUAAAUCCUGCCACAGUAGCAGCUGAAGAAGGAGAGGCUGCAAUCCAAACAUUCUUCCGAAAGAAAAAGAGAGAUGCUGUCCUGUGUGUGUGUGUGUGUGUGUGUGUGUGUGUGUGUGUGUGUGUGUGUGUGUGUGUGUGUGUGUGUGUGUGUGUGUGUGUGUGAGAGAGAGAGAGAGAGAGAGAGAGAGAGAGAGAGAGAGAGAGAGAGAGAGAGAGAGAGAGAGAGAGAGAGAUUCUCCAGGCCCUCCUUUGAUGUUUUGGUGAGUGCUCAGAGAAGCUAAAGGGAAUAACAGGAUAGAGAAAGUGUCUCUGUGACUUCCUCCUGGCAUCAGUCAAGGUCUUCUGUCCGUCUACCGUACAUGUUACAAUACUUACUGUUCUUUGCACUUUUCCGGCCUGUGAACACGGAAAGUUCCUUCGGGCAUGUUUUAGUGUGUGUGUGUGUGUGUGUGUGUGUGUGUGUGUGUGUGUGUGUGUGUGUGUGUGUGUGUGUGUGUGUGUGUGUGUGUGCAGCUUUGACCAGGCCCAGGACAAAAUCAUCUAAUAGGGCCCCCCUUCUUCAUGCUUACAAUGUAAUGGGAACCGCAAUAUCUGGGCCUCUCCUCUCCCUGGGCCAGGGACAACGACAACUGGCCCUUGUCAGUGUGUGUGUGUGUGUGUGUGUGUGUGUGUGUGUGUGUGUGUGUGUGUGUGUGUGUGUGUGUGUGUGUGUGUGUGUGUGUGUGUGUGUGUGUGUAAAUGUACACUACAUACAAGGGAGAAUAGAAAGACUGUCAGCAGGUACCCCUUCCUAAUCUGUCUGUCUGGCAGAUAACAAUUAUUUGUAUGUUCAUUGUUUUGCUCGUACAUUUUUUUGGCUGUAGUAGAAUCAGUGAAUGGAUACAACAGUGAAGAAAGUGGAAAAGAGAAAAAAAAACUUGCAAUCUUUUGUGUAUAUACAUACGUAUACUAUGUGCAGACAUGCAGAUAUCACUUUUCGUUUCUUUUAUUUUCAAUGUGUUAAGACAUAUAUUCUGUCUUGGUUUAAUUGUAUUCUCCUUAUUAUUUUUGCAUAGUGCAAAGUUGAUAACUGAUGACAUUGUUCAUAAAUGUAAAUAUUGUUUUUUUGUUUUGUUUUUCACAUUAUAGCGUAAAACAGUAAGAGGCACUGAAUGCCACCAACAUCACUGACCGUCUUUAACUGUUCUUAUAAACAGCACGUUGACCAACAGUACGUUUUAGCUCACACCAAAUGAUAAUACAUAUUUUAACCAAACUCACUACAUGACAGUAUGAAUACAAAUUAUAGAUCCUUGUAUUCAGUAUUUACAAAUGACAGUUACAGUCUUUCCGUUACAGUUCUUUUUUUUUAACUUAACAUCAAUUUCUGUCCAGGGACUACAGAUGAAUAUUAGCCUGUCUCAAUUACAUAUCGUGGAUUGUCCCUGUCAAAUAAUUUUUUUUUGCCUCUUACUGAUUUGAGAAGCAAAAACAUAUGGGGAAACUGUUAGGUUGUCGUACAAUCAGCAUUCACAAAGAGUGGUUCAAUCAUAGAAACCAUGCACCUUUUGCACUUUGAAACAAAUCAACUGCCUUAGCGGACUUUGAGGAAAGCAGCAUUUACGGUGCUGGGUUCGACAGACUGACUGCACCCAGUCAUGGACAACUGAAGAAAUCUAGAACUAGCUUUUCUAUGGAUUCUUUAACUGUUGAUUCUAGAGCUGAUUUGGCCCAGGACUGGGUUGACUAGUAUCUCCAUGGAAACACAUAACAUGAAUACAUCCUCAUCAAUAGGACUUUGUGUCAAUCAUUCUUUCAGAACAAACUUAUCUCAGUUUUCGUCUGGUUUGUAUGCAUAGGCAGCAUAGAUCUUUGACACGAACCAGUCAAAGAUAUCAAAGAACCAAAAUGCUAGUCUUGCGCACACACAAGGCCUAUGAGCAACAUUGUGGAAGUACCAUCAUCAAGACGCAAAAGGAAAUGUAAAGAUGUUUUAUACGGCCUAAUGACAAGAGAUGGUGAAGUGGCAAUGUGUUGUGAUUCACAGUGAAUUCUGAUUUGAGACUUUGUCUGCUUGUUUUGCUACUGGCUGCAGUGGAACUGUAUGUAACUUAUUUCUGGAGAUUUGUUUUUUGUUGUUGUUUAUUUGUAUGUUUGUUUUCUUUUAUGAGAUCUUCCUUCAGGACAGACACAUUGCAACUUUGCAAGACAGAAUCCCUGGAGUUGAGCCACAUACACACUUAAUUUUCAAUACAAAUCCAUGUUGUUCCUCUCCGCAUUUCCUCUGACCUCCACCCUCGAGGUCACCCCUCCUCUGGUGAAGAACACAAUAAGGUUUCUUACUCACUGUCAAGCAGCACGGAGUGGUUUAUAGGGGAUUUUCUCCAUUCAGUUCAUUGCAAAUGAGAGAAAAAAACUUUGAAUAUACACGUGAAAUAUUGAAUAAAUACGUGUCAUAUUGAGAUGUUGAUGACUCAUGAUGUCAUAAGGCUGGAGAAAAUGACGGGAGGAAUGGCAUUGAUUUGCACUUUACUCAUAGACCAAUACAUUGUGGACUAGCUAAACGGAACAGCACCCGGAGAGAAACGGCUUUGAGCAUUUGUCCAUGCCAAGAGUGUUCCACAGCCUGUUGCAUUCUGGGUAGACUGUCUACCGUAUGCCGUAGCUUGUCUCAAUUGUAACAUCCAAAGACAACAACAAUAAUAGUUAUGAUUCAGAUGUAUUGCAAAGCUGUGAAAUCUUCUGUGAUUGCCUUGUGAAAACGCGCACACACACUGAGAUAUAAGAUUGUAUUCUAAGUAGAUGUUGAAAUAUUAAAUAUAUAUUAUAUUUUUUAGAGGCGAAAUGUGAUGGGGAGGGUGUUAGUAGUGUAUGACAGGUGAUUGUGAUGCUUUUUGUUGAUUGCAAUGCUGCUGCUCCUAGCAAUACUGCCACGCGAAAAAUCUGUGCCUUUCCUAAUGUUUAAUACUUAGAAAGAGGAGUCAUGUAACUCAAUAUUUAUACAGUUAAUAAAAUAAUUUGAU